AUGAAAAAAAAAACAGAGAAAGUGGGAGGUUUUGAAUUAACAUGGUGGAGAUCAAGAGGAGCAGAAGAGAUCAUCUCAAGUUCAGAACAAAUGUUAACGGAUGAUACAAGAUUAUCAACUGGGUCAGAUGCAGUAGAUAAGGUAUUUAACGGAGGUAUUCCGAGAAGGAUAUUAUUUGAGAUUACGGGAGAAGCAGGAACAGGCAAAACUCAGUGGUGUUUGACAUUAAUAACUUCAGUGUUGCUAAGGAACGUGGAUUUUACUAACUUUGGAAAAUUUAAAGAUGAUAUUGGGAUUGUUUGUGUAAUAUAUACAGAAAAUGGAGUCUUUUCUAAUGGUAGACUUUCUGAAAUUCUCAAAUCAAAAUUGGAGUUUGAGUAUUUGCGAGAAAAUUCAAAAGACGGAUUGGAAGACUAUGAAGAUAUUCAUUUGGAUACUUUGACUAAUAAAUUAAUGAAUUAUGUUAAAGUUUACAAAAUAAGUACUUUGGAAGAUUUACAUAUUUUUGUACAAAGGGUUAUACCAGGUAUUUGUUUAAAUCACAGAAUUGAUGCAAUCUUCAUUGACUCUAUAACAAAUAUAUACCGUUCAAAAGUCUCCUUUUCAGAGAAUAGUUCAGCUUCUACAAGCUUGAUACAAUUUUCAAAUGCAUUCAAAAGGAUUUCUGUUGACUAUAACUGUUGGCUUAUAGUAACUAACCAAACUACAACAGAGAUUAAUGAAUCACAUAUACUCUGGAAUUAUGGAAUGGGUGGAAUUGGUAGCAAACAAAAGCCAAGUUUAGGCCUUAUUUGGUCAAAUUCUGUUAAUUGGAGAAUAUUCUUAUCAAAAAAGAUAUCUUCUUGUUUAGGUAAAGAUAUGAAUACAACAUACAGAGAAUUAAGAGUUGAACUUUCUUCAGAAAUCCCAGAGAUUAAGUAA